UCUUUCCUCUGUCUAUCUUCCUAUCUGUUGGUGAGUGGUUCUUCUCGAUGAGAGCUCACAAGGCAUCCGGCAACAACAAAAGACCGGCGCUUCUCCAUCUGGUGUGCGCUGUUGUACUCUUCUCUCUUCUAUUUUUUGCAAUCCAAUCCUCUUUCUUCUCAGGUAAUCAGAAACCUGAUCUGCACGGAAAGAAUCAGAAACCCGAUCUCGACACGGCAGAAGCUCGGGUCUUAUCUGAAUUCCAGUCCAGUGUUCAGCAAUGCGUGGCAAACAGAGGGCUUGGACUCACUGCACAUAGUAUUGACCACUGCAAAUUGAUUCUUAGAUUCCCCAAAGGCACUAACAGCACCUGGUACAAUGCUCAGUUUAAGAUAUAUGAACCCUUGGAGUAUACAUAUGAUGUUUGUGAGGCGAUUCUAUUAUGGGAACAGUAUCGUAACAUGACUACAGUGUUGACAAGAGAGUAUCUUGAUGCUCGACCUGAUGGGUGGCUAGAGUAUGCUGCAAAAAGGAUAGCACAAUUGGGAGCAGAUAAAUGCUAUAAUCGGACCCUUUGUGAGGAACACCUCAAUUUGAUUUUACCUGCAAAACCCCCUUUUCAUCCCCGGCAGUUUCGCAAAUGUGCGGUUGUUGGAAACUCGGGAGAUCUCUUGAAAACGAAUUUUGGGAAAGAGAUUGAUAGUCAUGAUGCUGUUAUACGAGACAACGAGGCUCCUGUUAAUGAGACAUAUGCCAAGUAUGUUGGUUUGAAGAGGGACUUUCGACUUGUAGUGAGGGGUGCUGCUCGUAAUAUGGUUACUAUUUUAAAAGGGUCUGCUGAUGAGGUACUAAUAAUUAAAAGUGUGACACACAGAGACUUCAAUGCAAUGAUUAAGAGUAUUUCAAAUCCUGUUUAUCUUUUCCAAGGUAUUGUGCUACGUCGAGGUGCCAAGGGAACUGGAAUGAAAUCUAUAGAACUAGCACUCUCCAUGUGUGACAUUGUUGACAUAUAUGGUUUUACUGUUGAUCCUGGUUAUACUGAAUGGACACGAUACUUCUCCACACCUAGGAAAGGGCACAAUCCACUUCAAGGAAGAGCAUACUACCAGCUUCUAGAAUGCCUUGGCGUUAUUAGGAUCCAUUCUCCCAUGAGAUCCAAGAGGAAGCAAGACUGGUCAGAUGUUCCUAGUCGAGAUAUGAUAAGCAGAGCUCACGCUGCUGCUUUGCACUUAAAGAGGAGUCAAGCUGUUCAGGUGGAUGAUUUGGGCCAGUUUGGUAGUUGCAAGGUGUGGGGCAACGUGGACCCUGACCACAGUGGACCUGUCUCAGGAUCUCCAGACAUGAGCGAUGUCAGGAAGUAUUCAAAUUACUGUAAAUGGGAACUUAUGCCGUUUGAGAGUCUAAGGAAGGAAGCACAGGAUCACUACAUCCAAAUGCAGGGUGUCUCCUUAUACAAGAUGGAUGGCAAUAAAUUGGAUGAUCUAGUCUGUGUAAGGCAUUCCUUAAAAUCUGAGGCAUAAGGCUAUAAGCAAUGCCUUCUAUCGGUCAUUCUCUGCAGUAUUACAUUCUGGCUGGUCAAGAGCAGGCCUAACUGGAUAAUACCUUAUUCUUGGACAAGGAUUUGUAUUAACUUCCAGUUCGUGUAACAAAUUCUUUUAAUCAAGCCUUUAUUGACUUCCGCACAUGUAAAAAGAGUUGGACAUUAUGUCAGUUUCAUUGAUUGGGUGCUUCUCGCUUCGUGGAGAUUUCUACUUUGAGAGUUAAGUUUACAGAGAUACUUAUGCAGUUGUAGGUUUCUGUGGGCUCUUCAGUUGGGCUUGAAUUUAUCUUAAUACAGUCGAUCGUAGGGUAGAAAUCUGUCUGAUAGGAGUUGUAGUUUGUGAAAGUUCUCCCAAAAGUUAAUGAAAUUGGGGUGGUGGAUCAUUCGUCAUCAUCUUGGAACAUGUAUUCUUAUCUAAUUUUGGAGGAUAUUCCAAGGUAGUGCUUUGUGCCUUGGUUCCUGAACAUGCUUAUUUUUAUAAAGAGGUGCCUCUGCGGUGGGGCUUGGUGUUCUAAUCC